CUGCGCAGUCCGCUUUGCUCGGGGCGGCGGAAGCGAGGCGCUGGAGUGAAGAUGGAAGACUUCCAGGCUUCGGAGGAGACUUCUUUUGUGGUUGACGAAGUGAGCAACAUUGUCAAAGAGGCCAUUGAAAGCGCCAUCGGUGGUAAUGCCUACCAGCACAGCAAGGUCAAUCAGUGGACCACAAAUGUUGUAGAACAAACUUUAAGCCAACUCACCAAGCUGGGGAAGCCAUUCAAAUACAUUGUGACUUGUGUCAUUAUGCAAAAGAAUGGCGCUGGAUUACACACAGCAAGUUCCUGCUUCUGGGACAGCUCCACUGACGGAAGCUGCACCGUGCGAUGGGAGAACAAGACAAUGUACUGCAUCGUCAGUGCCUUUGGGCUGUCCAUCUGACCCCCGCGUCCAGCCUGGGCUUCCCAUGUCGUGUCUCUACUCCAUCUUCUAACCACCAGCUGUGAAUUCAGUGAACACCUUCCUCCUCUUUGCGUGUGUUGUGGCAGUCUUCAAACAUGUAGAGAAAUAAACCAAAUGACUGUCCAGUUAGACAGUAAUUCUCUGUAGUAUGCAGCCCGUAUUGCCACGUCUUAACCCUGUUAUUUCUUUUCAAAGGUGCUAAAAACUGAAAUCUGCUAGUGGGAA